AUCCUUUUCACUGGCAGGCGGGUGGCAGGCGGGCGUCCCUUUGAUCGCAGGUAUAUAGCGCUCGCUGCGAGGGAAGCGAGCCGAGCCGUUCUGGAGAGGCAAUGCAGCUGAGUCAGCCGAAGAGAAGCGCAGGGCUUUCGGUGGCAACUCCAGCGGAGAGAAGUAGCCGAUUUCAGCGGACGCACACCUGGGACACCGUCCCUCCCUCUCUCGGGGAGCUGCCCUCUUCGGUCUGCAGGGAUCGACCGGCGCGAAAUCUUGUUUUCUUAGUGCUCGGAUUCUUCCUUGGUCUAGUUACAGUCUUUCAUCUCGGAGCUACUCAUCCCAGCGCCCUACAUGCUACAGGAAACUUUGUGAUUUAGAGUCACCACAAAGCAAAUAAAAAAAAAUAUGAAAACAAAUCCUGUCAUCCAAGCUGCCAUUGAUCUCACAGCUGGGGCUGUAGGAGGUACUGCCUGCGUGAUAACCGGUCAACCAUUUGACACAGCAAAGGUGAAAAUGCAGACAUUCCCCACCAUGUACCAAGGGCUUGUGGACUGUUUUGUGAAGACCUACAAGCAAGUAGGGUUCCGUGGCUUCUACAAGGGGACCACCCCUGCCCUUGUGGCAAACAUUGCUGAAAAUGCUGUGCUCUUUAUGUGUUAUGGCUUUUGCCAAAAUAUCGUGAGGAAAAUUGCUGGCCUAGAGAGGAAAGCAAAGCUGAGUGACCUUCAAAAUGCAGUGGCUGGCUCCUUUGCUUCUGCCUUUGCCACUUUGGCUCUCUGCCCUACAGAGCUUGUUAAGUGCCGUCUGCAGGCCAUGCACGAAAUGCAAUUAUCUGGGAAGAUAGUGCAACAGCACAAUACAGUUUGGUCAGUAAUCAAAAGUGUACUGCAAAAGGACGGCCCCCUUGGCUUCUAUCGUGGUUGGUUCAGCACUUUGCUACGUGAAAUUCCAGGCUAUUUUUUAUUCUUUGGAGUCUAUGAACUGAGCCGGACCUUUUUGUCAUUUGGAAAACCAAAAGAGGAAUUAGGUCCGGUUGCGUUGAUGCUCAGUGGUGGCUUUGGUGGCAUGUGUCUCUGGAUUGCUGUUUACCCAGUGGACUGCAUCAAAUCUAGGAUCCAAGUUCUUUCCAUGGCAGGACAACAAACUGGCUUUAUGAGAACUUUUGCAAGUGUUGUCAAGACUGAAGGUGUGUUUGCCUUGUACUCUGGACUGAAACCUACUAUGAUCCGUGCAUUCCCAGCCAACGGUGCCCUGUUCCUUGCCUAUGAACACAGCCGUAAACUGAUGAUGAACCAGUUUGAUAGCUAGAACUUUUAUCACAGACAUCAUUAGACUAUGUGUGGUCACCACAGUAAUUGUCCAACUGUGAGUGACAGAUUUUAAAAUGUGAAAUAAGAGUGAAAUGACUAAAUUUUUUUAAAAAAAUGAUUUCAGUAAAAAUGCUGUAUUUUCUAAA